GGAUUUUAUACGUUGUUAGAAUAACUCGACGUCAAAUCAAAUCAUUUCAUGUGUGAUAAUAGCCAUAGAAAGGAGCGCAACUGUCAAGAAUAGAGCUUCUUUUAAAUUUUUCAUUUAAAAUGUGUAAAAUUCUGUUUAAAAUUCUGUUCGGACUUUUUUAUUUGGCAUAUCAACUAUGGGCUUUAGACUUUAAAGGUGAAGGUACAACACCAACCAAUUUGGUUAUUUCUUGGGAGCCAAUGUCUCAUCCAAAUCCCGAUUUGCACUAUCGCGUUUAUUGGAAGCGUGAUUUUCUGACUCAUGAUUGGAAUAUUGAAGACAUAUCGAAUUUGAAGCAAAACCAUAUCGUCAUCGAAAAUCAACCCACAUUUGUUCGCUACCUCAUCAAAGUCGUUACUGUGAAUCAACUUGGCGAAUCCAAUUCUACUUUCAAAGCUGUUUAUUCUGGUCAAGGUUUGCCAAUCGAAGCACCAUCAAAUCUUACUUCGACUGAAACGACCAGUAAAUCGACUAUUCUGCACUGGAAUCCUGUAUCACGUAAAACGAUCAAUGGCCAUUUCAAGGAAUAUGAAAUUCAGAUUUGGAAUAACAUUGAAAGUGACAUACGUAAACUGUACGUGGAAAACUUCUACACGUCGGAAUUGUUGAUAACGGAUCUGCGUUCAGAUGCGGUCAAUUUCGUUCGCAUCUUGGCUUCCAACAGAAAGUUCCAAGGUUCAGCUAGUGAAACCAUUGAAAUUAAAACACCAUCACAUCAAGGCACUGUUCAGACUUUCGACGCAUUUCCCUUGGGAUCAUCGGCUCUUUUAUUACGAUGGACGCAACCUAUAGUCGUUGAUAAGCUAAAAGGUUAUAAAAUUUCCUACGAAGAAAUUUACGGAUACUCUUACAUUCAAUCGAAACCUGAAUGGACACUGGAUAUUGAUAACCCACAAACUAAUGAAGCCAAACUGAUUGACCUAAGACCAGACACAAAGUAUCGCGUGCGUAUCGCUGUCAACCGAGGUGAUAGUGAAGUGGAAAAGUAUGUCAUCGAAAGAAGGACCAAUUCAAAUGGCUCUAUUAAACCAGAUCCUUCAACUUUUGCAUGGAAAUUGCUCGAUUCAAACAAUGAUAACACAACGAUUAAAGUCAUUUGGAUGCCAAAUGUUGAUGGCAGACCUGGGUUGAAUUUCAUUGUUAACUAUCGAAUCAAAGGUUCAUCGGUUUGGUCUAGUACGAACCUAAUAACCACCGAUACCUCUGUUGUUAUUCCGGAAUUACCAUUGAAUCAGGUGUACGAGUUUAUUGUUGUCUCGGUUGACGGAGAAUAUAAGACUGAAAGUCAAAUUCGGGAGAUUUCAACACAUAUAGAAGCCUCGUUUCUCACCAUAACCAAUGUUAUACUCAUUGCAGCUGCAAUCAUUUUGAUUUUAUCAAUUUUUGUGGGGAUUUUUUGGAGAGUUCGAAAAUAACGUUCAAAUUACCAAUCCUAGAAUCUAUAAUAUCAGCAAACACCAAUACGAACACUUCAAGUGUGACACAGCCCACAUGAGAUACCAUUUUUAAUUUUAUAUAAGGCUUUGGAUUAUGGGAUGCAUGCUCGUUAUCACGGAGAGGUGUUGCAUUAUUGUUGAAUAUGAAUAAAGUUGACAGUUCAUAGUUGCACGUAUGAAAC